GGCAGCAGCAGCAGCAGCAGCAGCAGCAGCAGCAGCAGCAGCAGCAGCAGCAGCAGCAGCAGCAGCAGCUGCUGCAGCAACAAGUCGGGACUUUCAGAGUAAUGCAACAGAAGGCUUUUGAGGAAAGCAGAUACCCCUGGCAGGAAUCCUUGGAGAAUGUUGCUGUGUGCCUGCCAUUCCGCUGCCCAAGGUGUGGCGACCAUACCAGAUUUCGAAGCCUGUCAUCAUUGAGAGCCCACCUAGAGUUCAGUCACAGCUACCAGGAAAGGACACUCUUGACAAAAUGCAGCCUCUUUCCAUCCCUCCAAGACACAGACCUUGUCACUUGUUCGGAACCCCUGAAACAAGGAAAAUUGCAAUGCAGUGGCAAUGUGGUGAAGCAGAAACCCAGCUAUGUCAACUUGUAUAGUAUUGCACACGAGCACUCCCAGGACAGGAAGCCUUUCGAGGUGGUGGCAGAGAGACCUGUGUCCUACGUGCAGACCUAUACUGCAGUGGACCUGCACACAGACUCACUGGAUGGACUGCGGUCAAGUCCUGGACUUCCCACCUCAGACACCAAAGCUUCUUUCGAGGCCCACGUCAGAGAAAAAUUUAAUCGAAUGGUGGAAGCUGUGGAUCGGACCAUUGAGAAGAGAAUUGAUAAGCUCACCAAAGAGUUAGCCCAGAAAACUGCUGAGCUGUUGGAAGUCCGGGCGGCUUUUGUACAGCUGACUCAGAAAAAGCAGGAAGUUCAAAGAAGGGAGCGAGCCCUGAACAGACAGGUGGAUGUGGCUGUGGAGAUGAUUGCUGUGCUCAAGCAACGCCUGACGGAGUCUGAGGAGGAGCUUCUCAGGAAAGAGGAAGAAGUUGUGACUUUCAACCAUUUCCUGGAAGCAGCUGCUGAGAAGGAAGUUCAAGGGAAAGCUCGCCUGCAGGAUUUCAUUGAGAAUCUGUUGCAGCGGGUGGAGCUGGCAGAACAGCAGUUAGAGUUCUACCAGAGCCAGCAAGCCUCAGGCCUCUGCCGUGACAUCAGCGAGCAUGUGCUUACAGAUAUCUCUUCAAAUAGGAAACCCAAAUGCUUAAGCCGAGGACAUCCCCAUUCUGGAUGUAAUCACCUGGAUCUCAAGACCCAUUUUCAUCUGAAAGGAAGGAGCUACCUGAAGAAAGCCAAGGACGACAGAGCCAGCAUGCAGCCUGCAAAGGCCAUUCACGAGCAGCCUGAGUCCCCAAGAGAACUCUGCAGACCACCAAAGAAAGGGGAGCCUUUGGGGUUCAGCCGGAAAGGCAAUAUCAGACCCAAAAUGGCCAAAAAGAAGCCAGCCGCAAUUGUGCACAUCAUUUGAAAGGGCGGGUGGGUCUGGGCAGCUAUCACUGAGCUUUGGGAAAUGUUUUAGAGUCUGAGCGUAGUGUCCUUUUGGACACAUCAUUGUAAGAAAGCAAAGGGCAUUGCAUAUUUAUUUUGCAUCUACACAAACACCUAGAUUAACCAGAUUUUAAC